UCGACCAUGCGGCAUACCUAGACCUCUUAUAGACCUCUUAUAGACCUCUUAUAGACCGCUAUUAGCCGCGAUAUCAUAUCCCCUGUGCUUGUUUAAUCUUUUUCACCUUUCCUUUCCCAUGUAACCUACAUAUCCUGCAACAUUCCCUUGCCGCUCAUUUGCCUAUGGCGUAAACCGUUCUUUCCUCCUCCAUGGACUCGAAUCCUUCCCCAUCGUCCUCGCCGCCGCCGCCUCCCCCCGCUCCUUCAAUCUCGAAUCCACCGCCGAACGACCCCAUCACACUUGUCAACAGCCGCUUCCAACCGCUUUCCGGCAAGCAGAAUGCCACCGCGGCUUCUCAGGAUGGUUCCCUGUUCGCCCAGUUCGCGGGCAACCCGUUCUUCACGGCGGGAUUCGGCCUCGCCGCGCUCGCGGCUGCGAUGAGGGUCGGGCAGCAGGGCGUCAAGCGGGGGGCGGAGCUGCUGCGGCGGCGGCUGUUGGUCAAUGUGGAGAUCACGCAUUCGGACGAAGCGUAUCGAUGGCUGUUGAAUUGGAUGACUUUUCAUCAGCGGACACAGUUGAAUGAGGGCGCUUCGAAGGCGGUUGGGUCCGCAGAGCCGAAAGGCAUAGUUGCUUCGAUCAUCCGCCGACUGACGCCAAAUCUUCACCACCUCCAGAUUCAAACCGUACGAGCCAACCGGGCCGAUGGCUCGAUAGCGACGCAUUUCAGCCUGGUCCCAGGUCAGGGACGACAUAUUCUACGAUACGGGAAUGCUUUUAUUGCAGUAAAUAGACAGCGCGAGAAGACGUUCGAUUUAGCGAAGGGCGAACCAUUCGAAACCGUCACUCUCACCACGUUAUGGGCAUACCGACACAUAUUUGAGAAGCUGUUCGAGGAGGCUCGGCAGCUAGAUCAGCAGAUGCAGGAGGGGAAGACCAUCAUAUACACAGCGUGGGGAACGGAAUGGAAGCCGUUCGGAGAGCCCAAGCGGAAACGACCACUGGACUCGGUGGUGUUGGCAGAAGGGAUGAAGGAACGGAUAAUGGACGACAUCCAAGCAUUCCUAGACGCCCGCACCUGGUACCUCGACCGAGGCAUUCCCUACCGCCGCGGCUACCUCCUCUACGGGCCCCCCGGCACCGGCAAAAGCUCUUUCAUCCAAGCCCUCGCCGGCGAGCUCGACUUCAACAUCGCCAUCCUCAACGUCAGCGAGCGCGGCCUCACCGACGACCGCCUCAACCAUCUCCUCACCAAAAUCCCCCCCCGCACUAUCGUCCUCCUCGAGGACGCCGAUGCCGCCUUCGUCAACCGCCAGCAGGCCGACGAGCACGGCUACGCCGGCGCCACGGUGACGUUCUCCGGGCUGCUGAACGCGCUGGACGGCGUCGCGAGCGCCGAAGAGCGGAUCAUCUUCCUCACGACGAACCACGUGGAGCGGCUGGACGCGGCGCUGGUGCGUCCAGGGCGGGUGGACAUGACGGUGCGGUUGGGCGAGGCCACAGAGUAUCAGAUCGGGCAGCUGUGGGAUCGGUUCUACGAGGAGUUCGAUGUGGAUAAAGGGGGGAAGGGGCGGUUCUUGGAGCGCGUGCGGCAGCUAGGGUUGGUAGAUUCGGUGAGCACGGCGGCGCUGCAGGGGUUGUUCUUGUAUCACAAAGGGGAUAUGGAGGCCGCUAUCGGGAGUGCGGAGGAGCUGGUGAGCCAUCCCACGGCCGGGGGCGAGACGCUAAAGGAGUCAGUGGUGCAUUAGAGGGGAAGAUUUUGUAAGAUCCAUGUUGUAUGUACCCGUAGAUUGUAGGAUUUAGUGAUGUGCCGAUGUGGAACGAAGA